GCUUCAUUGCUUCUCCUUCCUUCCUCUAUAAAUAGACAUCUCGUCUCUGUUCUUCCACUCUACUCUCUGAUAAGUUCCACCUAUCUGAUAAGUCCUCUCCGUUUUGGCAUCCCAUUGAACUUGUAGCUUGAAAUAGAAAACCGUCUGUUGCAGAUUUCUAAGAACAAUUAUCAGAGGUUUAUGAGAAGAUCAAUGAUUUUGACCUAUAAGAGUUCUACACUUUGGAAGCUGUGUUCAGAGAAAAGGUUUUAUUUUUGGAUAUUCAACACUUUAAAUAGGUACACUUCGUCAAGGGCGAUCCGGCUUCCAUGUUUUUGAGGGAAGCAAAUCUUCGUUUUCUGAUCAAUUUUAUCAUAUAAUCGAAUUUUUAAAGAGUGCUUUGUUUUAUCAUCUUCAUAACUGCACAAAAUGAGUUCUAUGUUGCUGCCACCCGGUUUUCGAUUCCAUCCAACAGACGAAGAGUUGAUCGAUUACUAUCUGAAGAGGAAAGUGAAUGGGCUUAAGAUCGAGCUUGAAGUUAUUCCAGUGAUUGAUUUAUGCAAGUUUGAUCCAUGGGAGCUACCAGAUAAAUCGUUUCUCCCUAGAAAAGACAUGGAAUGGUUCUUCUUUUAUCCACGCAACCGCAAAUACCCAAAUGGUUCCCGCACCAACAGAGCUACAGUUUCUGGGUACUGGAAGGCCACUGGGAAAGACAGAAAGAUAAGCUGCGAAUCUUGUGUGUUUGGGCUGAGGAAGACUCUUGUUUUCUAUCUGGGGCGAGCUCCCGGGGGAGAAAGAACUGACUGGAUCAUGCACGAGCACCGCCUUUGCGAAGAUCUUCCCAAUGGAACUACUAAUUUUGUGGGAGAUUUUGCCUUGUGCCGGGUGAUGAAGAGAAAUGGAAGAUGCAACUCUCCUGCCAUGUACUCCGACUUCAAACACAAAAGAAACUUGGAAGAGGUUUAUGAUUGCACGGAAGAGAGCUCAUCUCUUGAUCCUUUUCAGAGAAGCAGUGGAACAGUUUCUUGUCUCAAAUCGCCAAGCUUUUGUGAUCAGUUCCAGAGUCCACAAGCAGCAGGCCCAUCAUUUAAUCAGCUCGCAGUUCCAUCUCGAAUCGAUCACAUAGAUGGAGCUUUAUUUCCCGGUGACCAUGGCGCCAAAUAUUUGCCAUGUUUCACGAGUUGGGAAGACAUCACCUUUCAGAGCCUCAGAUUGGAUUCAGCAAACUAUCUGAGUGCAUCGUCCAGUGGAAUUGGUGCUGAAGCCUCCGAUGGAACGGUGACCCCGAUUUGUAGGCAAGCAAGUGGAGAAGAACCCAACUUAUGGUUCUCGGAAGAGAAUGUGAUGAUGGUGAUCUGAUGGAAAAACUGGAGAUGACAAAAUAUUUGUAUGAAGUAUAUAAUAAUAUUAACACCCAUAAGGUUGCAAUAGAAUCUCCAUAGACAACUUGUUGUAAUGCCUCUCAGAAGGAAUUGUGAGACUAUUGAGUAAAGGUGGAAUUACACUGAGCAUUAACUCUGUCUUGUUGAAGAAUGGUCUCUCGAUGUAGUUUUUCGUCUAUUAUUA